AUGCCACUGACAUUUGCUGACAACGAUUUUGAUAACUUUCUAGCAACGAUUUUGAUAAUUUUGGCACUUCGAGCGGAAGUGGAUCGCGUUAACGAACAGCUGGGGAACUGUGAAAGCGAACUGGCACAUUGUAGAGCUGAAAUAAUGGGUUUGGAAAACAAAGUAAAUGAGACGAUUCGCAUUGUGAAGGAAAGCCUGGGCAUUGUUUAUGAGCCGCCGCCGACAAAUGUAUUGAUGCUGCAAGGUGGAGACGCUGAAACAGCAGCCCUGAACCAGCUUGCCCAAAUCGAAAUGCAUCUUGACGAAUUCGUACAGGUCAGCCAUACGAUUGCUGAAUUGAGAGCUCGGAGUGCCACAUUGCAACGCGACGCAGAAUUCGCUGAAAAAACCCGUAAUGGUGCGGAAAAUAAGUGCCGCGAAAUGCAAGAAAAAAUUGGGAUUUUGAAAGUAACAGAGUAUAAUGAUUGCCAGCAAAAAAUACAAGAUUUGGAGCAAGAGGUUCGCGCAGAGCGCCGCUCGAGAAAAACACUGGAGAUGGAGCUGCAGCAGUUAUCCACCAAAAAUAGCUGUAUCAAGGAGAAUUUCGAACGAGUAGCAAAAACGCUGGCUGAAACUGAAAGGAAAUAUGAAGACUUACUGGCAAAUCGAAACCGCAGUUCACUGGCAGAAAGUUAUUCAACGGUUUUGUGUACAGCGACUGUCGGUACAAUGACUUCACUGACUGCGCGAGAACUUGAACAAACAGAUAGUACCGCCGCUCUGUCUUCGUUUGCAAAGCGAAUGUACCUUCUUGCUGCGGAAUGGCAGGAACAGAGUGUUUCUGAGGACAGAAAUUCGUUCACAGCAAACGAUUUGGAGCGCCUGUAUAAUUUCUUCUCCCGUAUGCUCAAACAUUUGAAUGAAAAAAUGGAAGAACUCCGUAAUCAGCUGGUUGUGGCGAACAGCCAGCUGCGAUCUAUGGAAUUUGAUGCACAAGAAAACCGCCAGCCGUAA